AUGCAUUUUCUGUGCGGGCCUGAUUACAGACUUGGUGCCCAAGGAUUGCCAACACAAACGGGUUCUGAGGCCCAAGGGAAGAUUUCCCAUUUGGAACCACCUACCUCACCAGCAAGAGUCUUCUUAACUCAAGAUCUGAACAUUGUGUUCUGUGCAGAAGGCAAUAUUCUUGCUGAUGGCCGAGAGAAUGAAGAGUGUCUCUGUGGAAAUGACUCCACAUCCGACAGACAAACUGAAGGUCACACAAUCACUGAAACUCUAGCUGCGGCCUUGCGGGUGGCUGAGGAAGCAGUUGAAGAGGCUAUCACCAAAGCAGAGUCCUUCAGUGACAGUUUGGAAAAACAAAACGAGAGCCAUUAUUUACAAGAGCACAAGGAGGAACUGAUCGAAGAACUUGCUACAACUAUAAUGCAAAAGGUGAUAAAGAGGAAGAAGUCUGGGAGCGGAUUGACUGAUUCUGAAUCUGAACAGUCACAUUCGCAGAACAGAGCCUCAAUCUAUCCGCUUUCCAUGAAAGAAAAUGCCCCUGAGAACCGCAGUAGGAUGUCACAUCUGUGGAGAUCCCACUCUGAAUUGUCCCUGACCAGCGAGGAAAAUCUAAGUAAAGACCCAGCCGAGGCUGAAAAAUCUUCUAUCUCCGGGGUGAUGGGGAUGCAUGGGCAAUUCCAGUCCUCAGAAAGUUCAGACUUAAGAUCUUAUUCACUGCCAAGUUGGAAAAGCAUGGAUUUGCUGGAUAAUGCAGGUUCCUCAGCAAUGGCCAUGAUGCACAGUCCUGAUGGGAACUGGAUGGCAAUGCAAAGCACACCAGCUAGUCGCCCUCGAUUGCUAGCCAAACCAAAGAGCAGAGUGUUCAUUGCAUUGGAGAAUGAGGCAGACAUUGUGUCCGCUUAUGACGAGAUGGGGACGGAUGAUGACAAUGACGAUGAUAUUGGUUGGAGUGCUGCUGACCUCAGUGAGUUGAGGCAAUGCUCGGCCAAGCUGUCGGAUGAGACCUACUUCACCGACUCGCAGCACGACAAUGACUGGCCGGGCGCCGAUGGAAAGCGCCAGCUGGUCACCUCACCGUCCUCUGGCCGAUACACCAACACGGAGACCAUGUGCUCGGACUCGGAAACGUCCUCCACCGGCUCAGUGCAGAUAUCCAUACGCGGCUCAGACGGCCAGGUUACUGCAGACGAGAGAAAGUCAAGCCACAACGCAACCAAACCAGCCAGCGUUCACUGUGCUGGGCAGCUAGAUAUAAACUACAAUGCACAGCCACAAGGAUUUGGGAAUGUAGACAGCAGCGAGGGCGAAGAUAUCCCUGAUGAGUCGGAGAGGAAACACAGGAGGAGAAGACGAAACAAAUGCUCACCUCAGGAGCACGAAACAGACAGCCCUUUGAAAAUCCAACACUCGCUUUCUAAAAACACAUGCCAGGAAUCGCCUAUUUCUGCACAAAAGGUCCAAAACCCAGAGAGGAAAUCCAAUCUGGAUCCAGAUAGUGGAGUCACAUUUUCUAGAACUCAUGCAGAUUUAAUGGAAGAGAAACUAAGAACCAAGUUGGUUCGGCUUGCAACGAAACUAAGUGACAAGGAGUCGUCAUCUGGGGAUGAGCUCGAUCCAGAUACAACUGAGGGAGCUCAGGAGAGCUCGUGUGAUGAAGACCACAAGCACAUUCAAGGUGAACUCAUGAGAAAGUAUUCUGCGAUCUCUCUCUGCAACAUUACAACAGAAGCACUGAAAGUCAUCAAUGCCACAGAGGAUCUAAUUGGGGAGGCCACAGGUACAAGUGAUUCCCAGUCAGAGCCGAGUGGAGGAAGAAUUCCAACAGGGAAGGAAGCUGUGAAACUUGAAGAGCAGCUCACUAAACUGGAGGAAAAUGUUUACAUAACAGCAGGCAGUGUGUAUAGUUUGGAGGGACAGCUUAACGACCUGGAGGAUUGUGCACGGAGCAUUCACAGUAUAACUACAGAGUCAGAGCUUGCAGAUCUAGAGGACCAAGUGGCAACUGCAGCUGCUCAGGUUCACCAGGCAGAGCUCCAGGUUUCAGAUAUCGAACGCAGAAUUUCAGCCCUGAACGUGGCAGGUUUGAACGUGGUUCCCUGUGACCGGCUUCUGAAAAAACGCAACCAGCAAGAAGUGAAGGCAGAGACCAUUGAUUCUUCCAGGCAACAGAGGAGAAAGCUACCAGCUCCACCAAAGCAAGGAGAGACAGUUGACAGCACUCCAGGUAUGUCCAUCAGGACCUACAGCAGGAAUAGCUUGUUCCAAGAUUCAGCAUCACGGCACAAUUUAAAGGAAGACACAAGCAUUGUUGAUCCUUCUACAAAAUCUUCACCAUACUGAGAACUGGACACCCACUCUGAAGACAACUCACUGCUUAUGGCUGUCCACUAGAGUGCCUUGAUACAACAGCCAUGGAAACUCUAAUCCUGCCACCACUCACAAUCCCAUAUGGAGCAGACUCUCACUGGAUACCUCCCUGAAUUCACCCUGUGAUACUUCAGGAUUGUACCUUUACUGUGGUAAAAAGAAAUUCGUUUUGCCUUAAUUUCAGAGACCUUUUGGGAAUGGUGACUGGUCUCUCUGUACCGUUGGCCCACGCCAUUCAAAAAGCACCUUGAUGUGUUUGCUGUAGAAAACUCGUCGUUGUCGUGUCUGUGAUUGUCUUUAACUGGUAGCACACACUUGAUGUAAUUGGAAGCAAGGUUACUUGUAAGUGAUUUGCCAACUGUAUUAUCUAAAUCAACUGAAAAAGUGGUUGCCAAAAUACAACUUGGAGGUAUACAGUACCUCUGACAUGUUGGUGGUUACUGUCAAUUCAUUGGGGAUUGAUCCCUGGAGCAAUGACAUUAUUGAAUCUUUUUUAAAUGUUAUUUUAAAGUGCACAUUUAUUUUCAUACAAUUUUGAUCUCAAAUUGUUAACUGAAUUUACUUUUGCAAUGAGUUCAAGGAACUUUCAACCUGAAUUUGUGGAACGAGCAUUGCCAAUCAAUGUUACCUUUGUUGCUUUUUAAAAGCAAGUUCUGGUUAUGGGAGAAUCGAGCACUUCUCUCAGCACUGGGGGCAAAGACAGUAAAGUGUGGAAACAAGAAACAAAAUCACAAUAUCAGAACUUAUCCAAAAAGGAUGACCAGACACUGAGUGGCAAUGGUUCAAAUUCCAAAUAAAACACAGGCAUUACAACUCAAUAGUCAGU